UAUCACUGCCCCAAGAACCCGUUAGCUAAAGUCAUAAAUGUGCGUAUAUGCAUGCAUAUUUCCUUUUCUAUUUUUAUCUACAGUUCCUCACAUUUUUUUACUCAUUAAAUCAGAGCCUACUUUUGAUUUCCAUAUGUAAAAUAGCUCUCUCCCCUUAGCUGUUUAUGUUGAAAAUUCUUUCCUUUCCUCCCUACUCCUCUCAUUGUUUCAAAGAUGAAGAAUGGGAAGAUGAUGAGAGGCUUCAUGUGCCAUUCCACGGCAGUAAACACUGCGUGCAUGGCGGCCGAUCCUCGCUCCGUUGUGAUGCCGAGAAGGGCCGACAGACUCCGUGUAGGUGAUGAUGAUGAUGAUAAAAGAGUAAUCAACAAUGCUAGGUAUUCUAGGCUUGUCGGAGCUGACAAGAGGCCAAUUGUCACCACUUUUGUAAGAAGGGAACAAAAUCAACAACAGAAGCCGAAGAAGACCCUUGAGAAACCAGUUCAACUAGGUUCAUCGAAGCAUGUUUUCCAGGUGGUUGUCAUGCGGGUCGCCAUUCAUUGUCAAGGUUGUGCUGGUAAAGUGAAGAAACAUUUAUCCAAAAUGGAAGGGGUUACAUCAUUCAGUAUAGACAUUGAAACCAAAAGGGUGACGGUGAUGGGGCACGUAUCGCCGGUGGGUGUAUUGGAGAGCAUUUCAAAGGUGAAAAAGGCUGAGUUCUGGCCUUGUUAAAAUGCCUCUUUGGGACGAAAAUGGAAAACAAAGCAAAAUUCAUUUUAAUAUUUAGUGUGUGGUAAUAAAAACGAGGGGUAAGUAGGUGUGGGCUUUGGAAUAUGUGAAAAUUGUGAAGUGAUGAUAGGUAUAGGGAUGUCGACGUUCCCAUGCAUGGCUUGACACUGAAUUUUAUUAUUAUGGGCGAAGUAUUAUAUUAUUCAACUUGAUAUCAUGAAAAUUAUCUGUAUUUAUUUAUUUUAAAUAAUAAUUGAAGUUACCUAA